AUGGCGUCUCCGUUUUCGGGGCACGAGCACGAGCACGAGCACGCAAUGGUCCAAGGGCCACCUCUCGAGAAGCGGGCGGUGCCGCCUCCACCGACCGACGCGACGUUUAAAAACACGGUCCUGGCCCGGGUCAAUGCCUAUCGGGCCUUGCACUCUGCGCCGGCCGUGACGUGGGACAAUGCACUUGCGCAGGCGGCCAAGACGGCGGCGACGAGGUGUAGUCCGGUGCAUACGGAGAACAAGCCCAACAACCCCUACGGCGAAAACAUCUACUCGUUCUACCUGACCCCUCCCAGCACCGUCCCCAACUUCACGCUGUGGCUGAAAAAGGGUCUGGACUGGUGGUACGGCGAGGUGCGCGACUACUACUCGUGGGCGACGGACCACUCGGGCCAGUACCACUUCACGCAGCUGGUGUGGAAGGCCACGACCAAGAUCGGGUGCUCGUGGUCGGCGAACCAGUGUGCCACGGCCCACGGCGAUUAUUACCUGGUGUGUGAAUUUCAGCCCAAGGGGAACAUUGCGGGCCAGUUUGGCGGAAAUGUCUUGGAUGCGUGA